AUGUCGCUCUUUGGGGCGACGGCGCAACCCGCCGCCACGAGUACCUCGUCCAUGUUCGGCGGCCAACAACAGCAGGCGCAGCAACAAAUGCAGCAGCAGCAAAUGCAACAGCAACAAAUGCAACACCAACAAAUGCAGCAGCAGCAAAUGCAACACCAACAAAUGCAGCAGCAACAGCAACAGCAGAUGCAGCAGCAGCAGCAGCAGCAGCAGCAGCAGGCGGCCCUAUUGCAACAGUCGCAGCUGGGUGGUUCAAUAUGGAAGCCAGGAAGCUUAUCAACUCACCAGAAAUCGAUUCCGGAGCAGAUGCAGGCGAUAACGAACAAGUGGGACCCCUCAAACCCGGCCUGCGAGUUCAGAACGUACUUCUACAACAAGGUCGACGAGUCCCACAUCCCCUUCUACGGCCCGGCACCCGGCGACGACCCCAAGGCCUGGGAGGCGGCGCUGGCCGACAAGCCCGCGGCGGGCUUCAUCCCCGUGGCCGCCGUGGGCUUCCAAGCGCUCGCGCAGCGGCUCAACGCGCAGCGGCUCGCCGUGGGCCAGUUCAACCAGCGUCUACACGAGAUCAACGCGUCGCUCGACGCCAUCCUGUCGCGCCACGACCUCGAGACCUCGGUGCGUAGCCUGGCCGCCCGCCGCCGCCACGCCGAGCUGCGCCGCCGCUCGCUCGCCCUCGCCGCGCGCGUCCAGGUGCUCCGGAACAGGGGGUAUGCCCUCAGCGGCGACGAGGACGAUCUGGGCGCCAAGCUGGCCGCCCUCGAGCGCAGCGCCCAGGACCCUGCCCUCGCCGCUCGGAUGGAGGAGCUCUGGAGCCGCCUCAUCACGUUGCGCGACUACGCCGAGUCGCUCCAGGCUGAGAUUGGAAAGGGCGCGCUCAACGCCGACCAGGGAGGCUUGGGAGACGAGGUUGAGGCCAAAGCGAAGAAGAUUCUCGAGGACUACGAGAAGCAAAUACAACAUUUGAAGAAGGAACUAGAGCUCGUCAAGAAGGACUUUGAUGAAUGGGAAAAGCAGAGCACUCCUGUGUCGAAGUCAUGA